AGCUAAAGAUCCUUCCUACUGCAGGCCGGCUCCUCUCGUGCUGCACGCAGGGGGUGGUUGUACUCAUGCUGGGGGUAGUACCUGUCUUCCAGGAACCUCAUUUCCUUCUAAUAUGUCUUAAGUCAGGGUGUCCUGGGAUUGGCCCAGGGUGUCAGGCGCUCCCUUGCAGGCAGCCAGAGGAUUAUUCAGCAUUGCAAGAACAGCAGGUGUUUGAGGCAUAUAUUAAGCUGCAGUCAGGGAGGCAGAAAGGGCAGGGGCAGCUUUUAUUUUUAUUCCUGUUUGGGUGACGCUGACCUUUCAUACGUGCGGGGAGCUGAAGGCUGGCGGUGGCCGGGGUCAUAUGCACUCGAAGCAAUGGACAGGGAGAAGAGGACACAAGAAGACAAAGCCUCCCGGAUCCCAGGGGGUUUGUCGGCGCAGAGGAUUCACCCAUAGCGUGAAGGCCCGGAGGGUAGCAGAAAAUUCCGGCCCACUGUGCAUGCGCGAAGAAGACCCACAGAAGGUAGCAGAAAAUUCCGGGUAACAGAAAAUUCCGGAACACCGGAACCCAGCAGUGAGGACCAGCAUCUAUACCCCAGUUCACCAACUCCCCCACAAUGAUCAUCAUGGUUGGGCUCCCUGCCCGAGGAAAAACGUACAUCUCCAAGAAACUCACUCGCUACCUCAACUGGAUUGGAACCCCAACGAAAGUAUUUAAUGUGGGACAGUAUCGCCGCGAAGCCGUGCAGACUUACAAGAACUACGAAUUCUUCCGCUCGGACAAUCAGGAAGCCAUGAGGAUACGAAAGCAGUGUGCACUCCAUGCCCUGAGGGACGUCCAUACUUAUCUGACGAGGGAGGAAGGACAAGUUGCGGUCUUCGAUGCCACCAACACCACCAGAGAGAGGAGGUCUAUGAUCCUGCAGUUUGCUAAGGAACGGGGUUUUAAGGUUUUCUUCAUUGAAUCCAUCUGUGAUGACCCGGACAUCAUUGCUGAAAAUAUCACUCAAGUGAAGUUAUCGAGUCCGGAUUACAAGGACUGCGAUCGGGAAAAGGUGGUGGAAGAUUUCCUCAAGCGAAUUGAAUGUUAUCAGAUGACUUAUGAGCCGCUGCAUGAUGACCGGGAUGGCGAUCUGUCUUAUAUUACGAUUUUUAAUGUUGGGAACCGAUACCUGGUGAACCGGGUCCAGGAUCACAUUCAGAGCCGCACGGUCUACUACCUGAUGAACAUUCACGUGACCCCUCGCUCUAUCUACCUGACCCGGCAUGGGGAAAGUGAUCUCAACCUCAUGGGCAGGAUUGGAGGGGACUCUGGGCUUUCAGCUCGUGGAAAGCAGUACGCCCAUGCACUGGGAAACUUUGUUAGAUCACAGAAAAUUACAGACCUAAAAGUAUGGACCAGUCACAUGAAGCGCACCAUCCAGACGGCAGAAGCGCUGGACGUCCCUUACGAGCAGUGGAAGGCCUUGAAUGAGAUAGAUGCAGGGGUGUGUGAGGAGAUGACGUAUGAAGAAAUACAGGAACAUUUUCCAGAAGAGUUUGCACUAAGAGACCAGGACAAAUAUCGUUACAGAUACCCCAAAGGAGAGUCCUAUGAGGACCUGGUGCAGCGACUGGAGCCGGUUAUCAUGGAGCUGGAGCGUCAGGAGAACGUGCUGGUGGUCUGUCACCAGGCCGUCAUGCGCUGUUUGCUGGCUUAUUUCCUGGACAAAACUGCAGAAGAAUUGCCAUACCUGAAAUGUCCUCUGCACACCGUGCUGAAACUGACGCCCGUAGCUUAUGGUUGUAAAGUAGAAUCGAUCUACCUGAAUGUGGAAGCCGUAAAUACACACCGAGAAAAGCCAUUGAACGUAGCGGUGUCUCGGGAUCCCGGGGAGGCGUUGGACACGGUCCCAGCACACUUUUAAAUCUGAAUGAUUAGAGGCUGAAUUUUUAUUUUUUUAAUGCAUUUUUUUUUUUUGUCAAGUAGGAAGUUGAGCAAUAGGAAAUCUGCUAACGAGCUGUAGAUAUGUUUUAGACUGUUGUGGUUUAACCCUUUUUAUCCCAAACCAUUUUAAGUCACGUUGUAGUGGUCACAAACAGACUGAGGAUACAAGCCAUCUAAGUUUCUGAUGGAUGCCUGAGGCUGGUUUAGGGUCCAUUCACACGUCCGUUGUUUCUUUCCUGAUCUGUUCCGUUUUUUGCGGAACAGAUCUGGACCCAUUCAUUUUCAAUGGGUCCUGAAAAAAAAUCUGACAUUGUGCUG